AUGUUUGUGUUUUUAUUCUCUCUUGCUCUCUGUCAGAUUGAUGAAGAUGCAAAUCCUCUUGAAGCGAUCCAGCAAUACAGAAGUUUCGGUCAAAAUGAUAAAAUGAAGAGAGUUCUUGAUAAGCAAAUCAAAAAACUCGGAAAACAGACUCCUAUUGUAUAUUACAGAUUAAGAGCUGAAGCAGAGGCAAAUUUAGGCAUGUCUGAAGAAGCUCUUGAAGAUAUUGAAACAGCUAUGAAGAAAAAUCCAGAUGCAUUUGAACAGAAGCAAUUAUAUACAAUUUCAGCUAACGAACAUCUCAGAAUGGGUGAUGCAGAACAAGCUCUUGCUGAUGCCCAGCUUGCAGAAGAGCCUUCUCUCACAGCAAGUGCUAAGGAAUUAACAAAAUUACUCAAACAAGCGGAAGAUUUCAUCGAUGAUGAAAAAUAUACUGAUGCAGCUAAAGUUUAUGACAGAAUCCUUCCAAUCUGCACAAGAGCCCUUGAAUUAAGACAAAAAAGAGCUGAUAUAGCUUGGAUGUUAAGACAAACAUUAGUUUUCGAAAAUAACAUGCGCGAAACAGUCAAGGCCUUCUACGAAAACGAUGCUGACCUUGAUUACAGAUUUGGCGUUUCCCUUAUUUGCAAUGGAAAAUUUGACGAAGGAAAGAAGCAUAUUGCCAAGGCAGAAGAGAUUGAUGAAGUUCCAGAUGAAGCCAAGCAAUAUUUGAAGCUUGCUUCUAGCCAGGGAUCCUCUUUCCACGAUGCAGAAAAUAAUUUCAAGAGAGGAAACUACGAUGAGGCCAUGCGUAUUAUUUCCAAGUACAACCAAUCAAUGAGAAGUGUUUGCGGUGCCGAAGCUGGCUCUAUUUCAAAGGCAAGUUACUUGGCCGCAAAAAUUGCAGAGAAACAAUCGAAAUUGAACGAUGCCGUUGAUUACAUUAAUACAGCAGUCGAAAUCGAUACCGAAAACGAAGAUUACAUCAGAUACAAGGCAGAUCUUUGCUAUCGUAACAAAGAUUUCAAUGCUGCAGUCUUCGAAUACACUCGUUUAUCCCGUAAAUAUCCUAACGACGCCUACCUCGCUAACGCUCUUCAGCGCGCAAUGGACGGAAAGAAGAAAGCAAGCGCUGUCGAUUAUUACAAGAUUCUUGGUCUUCCUCGUGGCUGCACAAAGACACAGAUCAAAGAUGCAUACAGGAAGCUCGCAAGGAAGUGGCACCCAGAUCAGUACCCAGAUCCAGCGGAAAAGAAGAAAGCUGAAGAUACAAUGAAGGAAAUUAACACUGCAUACGAUAUCCUCAGCGAUGCAGAGAAGCGCAGAUACUACGACGCUGGCGGUGACAUGGAACAGUUCCAGGCUUGGAAGGAUCAGCAGAAUAUGAGAAAUGGUGGCGUUGUGUUUGAACAAUAA